CGGCGUUUUCUCGCAGGGGGCGCAGGAGGAGCUCCGGGGUGGUCCAUGGAGUCCUGUCCGGGGGGGCCUCGCCUGGCUCCCGUCCCCCGGCGGGAGGGAGGGUCCGGCUCUUGCACGAGAUCCCCAGUGUCCUUUGAGGAGGUGGCCGUGUCCUUCGCGGAGGAGGAAUGGGCUCUGCUGGAUCCGGGGCAAAGAAAGCUCUACCGGGACGUUAUGGAGGAAAAUUACGAGGCCGUGGGCUUUCUGGGGAACUACGUUUCCCAGAAGGCCUUGCAAGCACCAGAGAGGUCAAUCUUGCCUAUUCUCGCUGUCCAGGGAGCAGUUUUUCCUAGAGAAGAAAAAAUAUGCAAUAUGGAAUUCCACAAAGCCUCUCUUCUUUCCUGUUUCCCCCGGCUGGAGGGAGAGUUUGGUUCUUGCGCAUCUGCAGGAAAGACACCCACAGUGUCCUUUGAGGAGGUGGCCGUGUUCUUCACGGAGGAGGAAUGGACUUUGCUGGAUCCAGGCCAAAGAAAACUCUUCUGGGAAGUUAUGGAGAAAAAUUAUGAGACCGUCAGCUGUCUGGCUGCGGGAGUGAGGGAGAUGGUAACAGAAAAGGAAUCAGGAAAGUUUGUUGUGGGAAAAGACGAAGAUCUGCCGAUGGAAGCGAAAUCUGGAGAUCAAAUGACGUCAAAGCGAGAGCGCAGAAAGGGAAGAGAAGCAAAAGAGAAGCAAAAGAAGAAAUUGGCUGACUUUCAGAGCAGAAAUCAACCUGAGAUCUCAGCCCAAGAGGAAAUGCAGCAGAUAAACACAAGGCAUAAGAGUGCAUUAAAAGACUCAAGGUUCCACUGGAACACAUAUAAAUGCCCAGAGUGUGGAAAGAGCUUCUCUUGCAGUGGCAGCCUAACUAAGCAUCAAAGAUUUCACAAGGGGGAGAAGCCACAUAAAUGCCAGCAGUGUGGAAAGGCCUUCUCUCGCAAAAGCAGUCUAACUAAACAUCAAAAGGUUCACACAGGGGAGAAGCCACAUAAUUGCCUGGAGUGUGGAAAGUGCUUCUCUCGGAAUAGACAACUAAGUGUACAUCAGAGGGUUCACACUGGGAAGAAGCCAUAUAAAUGCCUGCAGUGUGGAAAGGCCUUCUCUCGCAAAAGCAGCCUAACUAAACAUCAAAAGGUUCACACAGGGGAGAAGCCUUAUAAAUGCCUGGAAUGUGGAAAGUGCUUCUCUCAUAAUGGCCAACUAACUGUACAUCAGAGGGUUCACACAGGGGAGAAGCCUUACAAAUGCCUGGAGUGUGAAAAGACCUUCUCUUAUAAUUGUGACUUAAGAACACAUCAAUGGAUUCACAAAGGGGAGAAACCUUAUAAAUGCCUGGAGUGUGGAAAGAGCUUCUUUGGCAAAAGCAGCCUAACUAAACAUGAAAGGCUUCACAAAGGGCAGAAGUCAUACAAAUGCCUGGAGUGUGGAAAGAGCUACACUCAGAAUGGUCAACUAACUAUACAUCGGAGGUUUCACACUGGAGAGAGGCCAUAUAAAUGCCUGGAGUGUGAAAAGAGCUUCUUUUGCAAAAGCAACCUAACUAAACAUCAAAGGCAUCACAAAGGGCAGGAGUCAUACAAAUGCCCGAAGUGUGGAAAGAGCUUCACUCAGAAUGGUCAACUAACUAUACAUCAGAGGUUUCACACUGGAGAGAGGCCAUAUAAAUGCCUGCAGUGUGGAAAGAGCUUCUUUUGCAAAAGCAGCCUAACUAAACAUGAAAGGCUUCACAAAGGGCAGAAGUCAUACAAAUGCCCGAAGUGUGGAAAGAGCUUCACUCAGAAUGGUCAACUAACUAUACAUCAGAGGUUUCACACUGGAGAAAGGCCAUAUAAAUGCCUGGAGUGUGGAAAGAGCUUCUUUGGUAAAAGCAGCCUAACUAAACAUCAAAGGCUCCACAAAGGGCAGAAGUCAUAUAAAUGCCCGGAGUGUGGAAAGAGCUUCACUCAGAAUGGUCAACUAACUAUACAUCAGAGGCUUCACACUGGAGAGAGGCCAUAUAAAUGCCUGGAGUGUGGAAAGAGCUUCUUUGGUAAAAGCAGCCUAACUAAACAUCAAAGGCUCCACAAAGGGCAGAAAUCAUACAAAUGCCUGGAGUGUGGAAAGAGCUUCACUCAGAAUGGUCAACUAACUAUACAUCGGAGAGUUCACACGGGGGAGAAGCCUUAUAAAUGCCUGGAGUGUGGAAAGAGCUUCUUUGGUAAAAGCAGCCUAACUAAACAUGAAAGGCUUCACAAAGGGCAGAAGUCAUACAAAUGCCUGGAGUGUGGAAAGAGCUUCACUCAGAAUGGUCAACUAACUAUACAUCGGAGAGUUCACACGGGGGAGAAGCCUUAUAAAUGCCUGGAGUGUGAAAAGAGCUUCUUUUGCAAAAGCAGCCUAACUAAACAUGAAAGGAUUCACACUGGAGAGAAGCCAUAUAAGUGCCUGGAGUGUGGAAAGAGCUUCACUCAGAGUAGUCAACUAACUAUACAUCUGAGGGUUCACACAGGGGAGAAGCUUUAUAAAUGCCUGGAAUGUGGAAAAAGCUUCUCUUGCAAUCAUUACCUAAUAUCACAUCAAAGGAUUCACACUGGUGAGAAGCCAUAUAAAUGCAUGAAGUGUGGAAAUAGCUUCACUCACAAUGGUCAACUAACUAUACAUAAAAGUGGUUGUCAUGUCCCUAGAGACACCCUCCCUAUUUUCUUUGUUUAGGUCUCAGUUAUACCCUUAGAUAGAAUGUGUUCAAUUGUUUUUGCAUUGCAUUCCUUGGGAGGGAACUUUAGUUAGACCCUGUCCUUUUGUUACCCACUGCCAGGGUAACAGGAAGUGAUUUCAGCGAUUUAGUAGUUUCAGCUUGGCAGCAAUGAACAGACACGGAGAUGGGAUUCUUCAAGAAAAUAUUCUUUUACUGGCACAUCAAGGAAUCUCUUGACAGGUCGCUUCUCUAGGCAAGUUGCCCUGAACGGAGCUUGUGCAGAAGUUUUAUACAGUUACAAACAAAAGGGAAAAGGGGUGGGUACACAAAAUACAAUAGAGAAACUUUAACUUCCAAUAAAAACACUUGAAAACGUA